CGUGCGGGGGGUGGAGCUUCCCGUGGAGCGCGGCCGGCGCGGACAGCCCAGGUUAGCGGCUGCAAGCCGAGCCCGCGGCGGCUGAGGCGGCGGUGGCUGGAGCUGGGUGCGCCCGGGUUUCCUGCGGCCCCAGCAGCGUUCUCCGCCCGCGCAGCGUCCACUCGCCCUCAGCCAGGGAGGGAGACCCUGCAGUGCUCCGCCCUGUAACUCCGGCGUCUCAGUUUCAGGGCUCCAGAGGAGAGAGCCCCGAGCGCUCCCAGGUGUAGCCAGUUUCCGAGUGCGGUCCCGAGGCGCCCGAGGCGCUGUCUCAGCGCGGGGCUGCUCGGGGCGCUCGCGGAGAGCGGGGGCCACCGCCGGGCGAGGUGGCCGGGACACCGACGAUGGAAGCGCGACCCUGGCGCGUGGGCUUUCGCUGUCUGCUCCUCCUGGCUCUCGCCGGGUCCGCCCGAAGCGAGGGCGAACAGACCUGCGAAGAAGUUCGGAAACUUUUCCAGUGGCGGCUGGCCGGAGCUGUCAAGGGGCUGCCGGAUUCGCCGCGGGCAGGACCCGAUCUGCAGGUUUGCAUAUCCAGAAAAUCAACAUGUUGCACCAGGAAGAUGGAGGAGAGAUACCAAAUUGCGGCUCGCCAAGAUAUACAGCAGGUGCUUCAAACGUCCAGCUCUACACUGAAGUUGCUAAUAUCUCGGAAUGCAGCUGCUUUCCAAGAAACCCUUGAAACUCUCAUCAAACAAGCAGAAAAUUAUACCAGUAUCCUUUUUUGCAACACUUACAGGAACAUGGCCUUAGAGGCUGCUGCUGCAGUUCAGGAGUUCUUCACUGAUGUAGGGCUUUAUUUAUUUGGUGUGGAUGUCAAUCCAGAAGAAUUUGUAAACAGAUUUUUUGACAGUCUUUUUCCUCUGGUCUACAACCACCUCAUUAACCCCGAUGUGACUGACAGUUCCCUGGAAUACUCAGAAUGCAUCCGCAUGGCUCGUCGAGAAGUUAGUCCGUUUGGUAGUAUUCCCAAAAGAGUAAUGGGGCAGAUGGGAAGGUCACUGUUGCCCAGCCGCACCUUUCUGCAGGCACUCAAUCUAGGCAUUGAAGUCAUCAAUACCACAGACCACCUACGCUUCUCCAAAGAGUGCAGCAGAGCCCUCCUGAGGAUGCAGUACUGCCCCCACUGCCAGGGGCUGACUCUCAGUAAGCCUUGCAUGGGGUACUGCCUUAAUAUUGUAAGAGGCUGCCUGGCCCACAUGGCAGAGCUUAAUCCACACUGGCAUGCAUACAUCCGGUCCUUGGAAGAGCUGUCAGAUGCAAUGCACGGGACGUAUGACAUUGAACAUGUGCUCCUAAACUUCCACUUGCUCGUGAAUGAUGCCAUAAUGCAGGCUCACAUCAAUGGACAAAAAUUAUCAGAACAGAUAAAUAAAAUUUGUGGCCGCCCAGUAAGAACACCUACUCAAAGCCCUCAUUGUUCUUUUGAUGGGAGCAAAGAGAAGCAUGGAAUGAAGAUCUCUACAAGGAAUGGUGAAGAGACACUGGCCAACAGAAGAAAAGAAUUUAUCAACAGCCUGAGACUGUACAGGUCCUUCUAUGGAGUCCUGGCUGAUCAGCUUUGUAUUAAUGAAUUAGCUGCUGCUGAGGGGGUGCCCUGCUGGAACGGAGAGGAUAUGGUGAGAAGCUAUACUCAGCGUGUGGUUGGGAGUGGAAUCAGAGCUCAGUCAGGAAAUCCUGAAGUCAAAGUCAAAGGAACUGAUCCUGUGAUUAAUCAGAUCAUUGAUAAGCUGAAGCACAUAAUUCAGUUGCUACAGGGUAGGGCACCCAAGCCCAGCAAGUGGGAACUUCUUCAGCCUGGCAGUGGUGGCGGCGUAGCUGAGCAAGUCAGUGGGGACUGUGACGAUGAAGAUGGUUGUGGGGGAUCGGGAAGCGGAGAAGUCAAGAGGACGCUAAAAAUCACCGACUGUUUCAUCUUUACUUCUUAUUAUGAAAAAAGUUGAUCCUUCCAUGAGAUGGCUGAUCAGAGGCUCUUGUCUUCGCCCAAGAAGGAAUUUAGACAUGAGACAGAAGUGAUAAGUGGAGUAGCAAACUUUAAUGAAGACAAACACACCUGAUAGACCAAGCAGACAUCUCGGAAGAGCUGAGCACCCAAUCUGCACUCAGACUAACGAUGAAGGUAGUACACCUUACAGACUGGGCAACUCAGUAAAAGACAGUCUGUAUUCAGGAUGGAGUUUUCAUGGCUGUGGGUAUGGGCCCUCCAUUUCUCUUCCUCUGUCCCACUUCUAGGAUACUGCUGGAGGGAGGGAUUUCUGGUGGUGGAAUCCCUGAAAUUCCCCCCAGGACUUUACCAGCACAGUGUUAUUGGACCUAAGAGCCCCCUUGAUGGCAGGCAUCCUGACAUAGUAGGUAAAGCCACUGCAAUGAUGGCAUCCUGAAGUAGGCAGGCAUAUAGGCUAAAAGUGAUUAGAUUUGUGAGCUGGAAGACUACACCUUUGCCAUGCCCCUGUGUGACCUUACACCCUACUAGAUACCCCCACCAUGCCCCCAUGUGACAUCAGGCUCUACCUGACCAUACCUGAGUGCCCACCUGCCCACAAGCCACUCCCCUGUGGAAAAUAUAUAAAAGGCAGGGAAUGUUGCAAGAGGUACUCUCUGCCUCUGCUUUGCUGCCAGUGAUAAGCAAUGGAUAGCGGCUCAAGGCACUUGCUGCACGUGGCUUUUGGCCUGCUCACUGCUUGGUAUGGACGUUACCCUAGUUUCCAGACUUUCCCCUCUCUGCAACCUGAACUAAAACCUUCACUUUCCUAGAUACCUCUCGCACUAAAUAAAAGCUUAAAACGUACCAUGCUGCCUCGUUUAUCUGUGCCGGUAUUUAGAAUUCUUCUAAAUAUUAGGCAAGAACCCUCUUGGGCUUAGUAAGGGGGUUUAUUAGUAAGCAUAUGGUGAAAUCAUAUGGCACUCCAAAUUCCAAUAGGACAUGUGGCAUCCCAGAUAGCACUUCUUGGGAAUAUUAAGGGCCACAUUUUUGUAUAAAUUUUAGGGGGUCAUGUCUGAUUUCAAUCCCAUACAGGCACUGUUUAGAGUCCAAGCUGAUCCACUACCCAUCCCGUUUCCUGCUGAUGCACCUGGGAAAGCAACUGUGCUUGUGCCCCUGUACCCGUGUGGGAGAGUCAGAUGAAGCUCCUGGCUUUGGCCCAGCCCAGACAUUGUGGCCAUUUUGGAGAGUAAAUCAGCAGAUGGAAGAUCUCUCUCCCUGCCUCUCCCUCUCUCUCUCACUGAAACUGACUUUCAAAUAAAAAAAAUCUUAAAGCCCUCUUGGAGAAAAGCUAGGGAAAUUCCCCUAAGCUGCCCCCAAGACAGGGCUGGAACCCACCUAAUAAGCUUAUACUUUUGAUGUGUACUUGUUGACUGGCUUUCAAGGCUUGCUUCUACAUUUUUCCUCCUCCUACUCCAUAAAAAUGCCCACUUUAUUCCAAAAUUUCUAUUUCAUUCAGCCCUCUCUUAUACACGUAAGCUAAUGGGUAUCUGAAAUCAUUGUUUCUGGGUUUUCCCAUUAUUUGCAUUUGUACUGCCUUUGUUGUGGGGGAAGAGGUUUAAUUUUUAUACCAGGUCUUGCCUUAUACCUAGGGAUACUUACUAAGUACAGGAAACGUAUCAGGUGCACAAAGUGAAAGUUUUAUGUAAAAGGUGAGAAAGUGACUACACAUAUACAUACAUGUACCCUCCACCCAUCCCCAGAGAUACCCAUUAUGGGUGGGCAGUGGGACCAGGAGGAUAAGGGGGUGGGAGAGGUGGAACAGAACAUCCCAGCACCUCCUCCAGUCGUGGUCUCUGGAGGAAGAGAGCACCUCCCAGAACCUCCUUUUUAUGAAGUGGUAUGGGUUGCCUCUACAGACAUGGCCGGUUCCUGGGACCUCCAUAAAAUUCCACAUGGAAUAUUAUGUACAUACUUACUUGGCACCUUUCCCCCAGGUCCUGGGUGAAACAGGGGCUUCCUGGUAAAGGAGGCAUUUUUUUUUAGUAAACCAUUUAUUUCUGUAAACUGUUGAGUGCAGAGAUGAUCUUCACAACCCCAAUACCGUCCAGGUUUCUUCCUCAGAAUGAGCUGAGCAAGGGAAAAAAGGAAAGGGCUGCAGAACACGUGCUCCUGAGGAACCACACCUCUCUCUCCUUUCUUUAAAAACAAAGCAAAGCCAUCCUUUGGAAUUUGGGGUACAGACCCCGGAUUAAAACUCCAGAUUUUCUGUUCACUGUAGAGGCCUGGGCUGCCAUUGCACAGACAGCAAGUAGGGCUGGCCUUUCUGUGUGCACACGUCCAACCUUCCAGUAAGCAUGGAACCGGCUCCCAGUUCCACUGGGAUUCCCACAUCUGACUUGAAGCCUCUCUUCCCAGUGGCCUGGAGCUCAAGGGGACAUUUUGAUUGACAAGUAGGAGGAUAGAAUUACACAUGGAGUGGGGGCUGGUGUCUUGCUGGUACCUUCAGCUCCCCUACCCUAGCCCCUAUCCCUUCCUACAUUAGACUGGGUAUUAGAUCUCUUACCAUAUUCCCAGGUGUAUACUUUGUACCUUCUCUCUCCAUAUCAAUGCGCUAUAGUCAUAACAAUUUUUAAUUAGCAUUUACAUUUCUAUGAUUACACAAAUUAACAAUUUGAUAGUAUUUUUCUAUUAAUUCAUUUUAAUUCAUUUGAUAAAUAUUUACUAGGCACUUCCACUUUUUUUAUAUAACCAUGCAUGUAAGUACUAGAGAACUAACAGUGAAAAAGUUAAGAAAAAAAAAACCAUACUUAUGGGGCUUAUGCUUUUUUUUAUGAGUCAAGUGCUUAAGGAAAAAUAAUCUGAAACAACCUUGUAUUUUAUUUUUCAUACUUAACAAAUCUCUGACAUCAGCAAGUAUGGAGUCUGUUCAGAACUCAGUAUCUUCUGUAGAUUUGGGGUAAAAUCUAUUAAGUUAAAAUCAGGAGUGAAAAUAACUUUGAGCAGGACAAGGACUACAAAUCACAAUUUUCAGUUUAUUAGAGAAGACUAGCUUAGAGAUCAUGCUUUUAAGUAGGAUGGUUAGAAAAGGAUAUUUUUUCUAUGUUAUUCAUUUCUUUUCCAGGAUUUCUGUCUUAAGAUUAAUUUUAAAGGAGGAUUAUUCAAUUCACAUAUUGCUUGUUUUCCAUUUAAUUCCUUUUUGGUAGAACGAACUUUGGGUUUCUAUCAUUUGUCUUAAUGACUUUUCUUUGUCUGGUAACACAUGUAUUUAUAUUUUAAAAUGGGACCCUAAAAACCCAGUGUUCUUGGUUCAUAUUCUGGCAUUUCUGGCCGAGGAGUUGUACACCCCAGAUCAGAGCCUUUGUGGUUCAGUUUGUUUGCAUGGACAAUGCCCAGCCUCCUGCACUAAUGGUGCAGGGUGCUCUCUGGUUAAUGACUGAGGGAGGCAAGAGACAAAAUGGAGAUUUAAGUUCUGCCAGUCUGUCUCAGAGGACUUGUUAGUCAAAAAUCACUGCUCUUGAGCUAAGCAGUAUGUACAUCAUGGAAAAAUACUUAAUUUUAUGACUGCCCUAAGGUGGAAUACCACCUUAUUUCUCAGAACUAUUCUAUAUCACAGACUGGGUUUGUGUUUUGUUUUUUUUUUUUUUUUUUCUGAGAAUGUGCUGUACUUUCUUACAACUUUUAAUCAUUUUGGUCUAUGUGGGAUAAGGUAUUGAUCCUAAGAGGUAUCACUAUAAAGAUGAAUGAAGCAAGAUCUCUCCUUUUCAGAAAUCAGUGUUGUCAGACGCUAGCUGGGCCUUUGAUGGAUUCCCUAAUGUAGACUUAAUGGAAUUGCAGAGGCAGGAUUCAGAGAUUUAUCAGAUUAUCCUAUGUUUCACAUUUUAGCCACUUUCCCUUCCUGAGAUCCUACACUCUCAUGUUGUUCCCAUUAGAGUAGACAUUUGACAUGACUCUCCAGGCCAAUUUCACACCUCAUGUUCUAUAGUAUCAUGUUGUACACAUGAGACCCAGAAUUAAACCUAUUCUCAUUGUUGUAUAGCAUAUACUAACAGUAUCCAUAUAUUAUUCCUACUCCUUUCAGUAAAACACAAUGAAACUUGCCUUCCAUUAUAAACUGUUGCCACUACAGUCCAGCUCACAGACUUCCCAUCCAUGUCUUGAUAGACUGAAGAACACUUACAGUCCUGUUAAUGAGAAAUAGUUCCUUAAGUUCCCUAGAGAAAGUGACAUGUGCAUUUAAAUUAUAAUUCUGAACACCAUAAUGAGCUUUUCACUGUCUUGUUAGCAUUAGUUUAAAUAGUGGUUAAAUGGAAGCAUUUUAUGAAUUGCAUGCUAUUUGAGUGUCGGGUGUAAACAAGUGGGAUUCUUGACCUUUAGCUGGUAGGAAUUUUAUCUCCUUUUGUUUUCCCAAAACCAAUCUGUGCAGUGAAGCAGCACUAUCUUUGUGUGAUGGCAAACUGGUUAUCUUCCUGUGGUAUCACCAAUCAAUUCUAUAAUCUCUAUACAUGAGAGGUGAGCUCAGGAUGCCAGACCAUCAUCAUCACUGAGCUCACUGGCUUAGUAUAGGAAGAUGGGAAGCAGUGAUAACACUAGAUAACUAAUUAUAAAUGAUGCCUUAAAUUUCUUUUUUUACAAUUGAGUGAUUGUGCUAUUUAUUUGAAGCAUUUGAUGUUGAUUAAAUACAGAGAUGCUCAUAAACUGAAACUUGAUAGAAAUAAUUAGAGAAGAAGUUUAAUUACAGUAAAUUAAGAGAAGAAAACACUGUGAAGCAGAAACAACAGAUGCUUAAGGAUGAAAAUGCUAAUUCAAAACUACUAGAAACAUUAAAGGGAAAUUUGGAAGGAAUCUGGUUUACACCGACAAAACAGUUUCUUCCAGUACUUUCAUUUCUUUAAUGACAACUUUCAGAUUUGUCAGGAAUGUUUAAUUUAUCUGCCUUUAUUUUUGGUAUUUUUCCAUAGUUAUUCCCUGUUCUCUUACUACAGAGAACAUUUUCCAACUUAAGAAUUUUUAACUGUUCCCUGAUUCUUGUGGAAUUUCAAAUAUCAAUAGUAUUGAUAGCUAAUACUUUGAAUCUAGUACUCAAAUGUUAUAUGCUUGGCAUAUUUAUAAAAAAUUAGCAUUUUCAACAAAAACACAACUUGGUACCAGUGUGUACUAGGUACUGGCAUGUAGAAUAUAUUUUCAUAUUUCAUACACAAACUUGUUUUGGGCUUAUUUGAAAAUAUGGGAUAUUAUUUGUAGAUUCUUAGGAUUGUAAUUCUGAAUAUAUAUUUUCUUCAACCCACAUUUUCUCCUUGUUCUAGAAAGAUAACUUAUAGGAAAUUUGACAAUUAGUAUCCAUUGCUGAAGCUAAAGAGAUGUCAAUUUUAAGAUGAAGAUUAAUAACACAAAUGAGAGUUUAUGCUUGACCUCAAAACAAUUCUUUUUUUAGAAAAGUUGGAUUUAGUAAACUGAACUACUUCUGGUAUUCAACACAUGGAAAUAAUCAUGUUAGUUACACCCUUGUAAUAUUGUAAUUUUAGACAAAUUUAUUCCCACCCUGUUAUGGUUUAUAAAGUAAACUUCUUAUAUCAGGGGUCAACCUUUCAUUUAUAGUUGUGUUUUUCUAAUAGCAACAAUAAAAGAACUUCAUGCUUAAAAUCUUCGGCAGCCUCCUAUCAGCAGAACAAUUUGUAACUAGCAAUUUAGGGAAAUAAAUUCUGUAUUUCUUUUAUAGUUUACCUCACUCACCGUUUGUUUGUAAAAGACAGCAGUUCUAUGGUCUGAGGUGUCAUUUAUUCAGUCACAAUGAUAGAAAACAUAUUUUAAGUUAUAAGCAUAAAUAAAAAGAUGAAACCUCAUUGAUGUCUUUUUCCUCACAAUGCUUAGAUACUUUACUCCAUAGAAUUAUGACCCUAGAUGGUGGUAAAAACUGGAUUCAAAGGAUAAGUUUGUGGGAAACUAGCUUUGUUAUACCACACAUGUGGUAUACAAAAGAUCCACAUAUUGUAGGACAAGAAACAGCAAAAACAAUAAGACCUUCGUUAGUAAACAAACAUAAAAGGCAUUUCGGCUUCAGCUUGGCCUUACUGCUAAGAAGCAUUUUGUAUGAAACUUACAGUUGAAUUCUUAUUCCAAGAGUAUGAAAAGAAAUAAACCAGUGAAGUCAAAUGUCUUAGUAAAGCAAUUUAUGACAUACUGGAAAAAGCACCCAGUACACGAACAUAUACAUGUCUGAAUUUUGUAAAUCUGAACCUUUUUUACAUUAAAAAUUGUUUUCAUAUCUGAAGCAAAACAAAUGCAUAAAUGAAAGGCUAUGAUAACUUAGUUACUAUUUAAAGAAAACCCUAAAUCUUAUAUGGAAAUUUUGUGCAUUAUAAAAGAAAAACUAAUGAAACAAUUCCUUUGCGGAGGCUGGCAUUGUGCCAUAGUGUAUAAAGUCGCCGACAUACCAUAUGUGCACUGGUUUGAGUUCCGGCUGCUCCACAUCCAAUUCAGCUCCCUGCUAAUGUGCCUGGGAAAUCAGCCGAAGAUGACCCAAGUGCUUGGGCCCUGCAUCCACUUGGGAGAUCCAGAAGAGGCUCCUGGCUCCUGACUUUGGUCUAGCCCAGGCCUGGCUGCUGCUGCCAUCUGGGGAGUAAGUCCAAAGAUAGAAGAUCUCUAGCUCUCUCUAACUCUACCUUUCAAAUAAUUUCACAUAAGUAAAUCUUAAACAAAACUUUACAUAAUAUACUGGUCAUGCGAUCAUAAUUCUAUCUAUGUUAUUGUUGAAUCAAGACUUCUCUAUUCCAUUUUCUCCAUAGAACUCUGGAGAUUAAUAAACUUUUAUGUAAUUUUCUUUUGACAGGGAAACUUUGUCAGUUUUUCCAAGAGGUAUCAUGCUAGAUUCAUAGGACUAAUGCUUCCAGAAAUGCUGGGCCCUCUGUCAAUGAGACUUUUCCCAGACUGUGUUGUGGUCACUAAUUGUGCAGAAGAGAAUUGACACAGCAGGACUGACCUUUCCUUCCUUAGAAAGGGCUGCUUGCAAGGUUGGCCUUUAACUGGAUCCUGAUAACUUGAAUUUCAAGAGGGUUCCCACCAUUCCCAAAAAUAAGUAUCUCCUUCACCUUGAACUCUUGUGCAAACAAUUGGAUUUGUGUUAAAUACUUCUUUUUGUCCUGGAAAUCUGGACUUGGGGUGUGUAUAGGUGACGGAUCCACAGUAAAAAUCUUGGUCUCACAGGCUUAGACAGGAGUCCUCGCAGUUAGUAUUUCGCUUAUGUUGCAGCAAGUGCACUGGUGGGAGUGUUAAGCAUAUCCUCAUGGCUCUCCCGGCAGAGGAAUCUUAGGAGUUUAUGCCUGGUAUCUUACAGACUUCACUGCAUGCCCUUUCCUACUGAUUUGCCUGUUUAUCUUUUUGUUUGUAAUAAAUCAUCUCCUUGGGUGCAACUUUAUGCUGAGCCCUAUGAACCUGACAACAAAUCGCCAAAUCUUGAGGUAGUCUUGGGGAACCUGACUCUAGUAUUCAGAGGCACCUGUCUGGUCAGUUUCACUCUCAAGUUCUACACUUUCACUGACAUUGUUGCCUAGCCCCAGACCACCUCUCAUCUCCUAAUUAUAUGGGGGGGUCCCUGACAUUCUCAAUCUAUUAUUCCUGGAAAUGGCUUUCGAGUCCUCUCAUUUUUACUGUCUCUAUAAUUUUGUUUGGUUUGGCAGGAAUCAAUCUACAUUAUAUCUGUGUAUGCACAUUGCCUCUCUCUUACUUCAUUUUAAGUUAUUUGAAUGUAGAGAAUUUUUUGUCAUUCUACCAAUAGCUGCCUAUGCUCUGCACAAAUCAAUACCACAUUAAGUGAUUUUGAUAAGAGAAUGUCAUUAAAGUAUGUGUUGCUUCAUCACUGCCAUCUGAUCUCUGGAACUAUAUAAAAAUCGGAUUUAGAAUAUCAGAGGAAGUCUUAAAACUAUAGCAGUUGUUAAAUUUUAAACAGUUUUAGUGUUCUGUAAAUGAUUAGUGUAACCUAAUAACUUUGAUUAAUUGACCUGAGUAAAAUACAUGAACUAUUGCCAUGUGUUUUCUGGAUAUAUAUAAAAGGGAAUAAAAAAUUACUCCAGAAAAUUGAAUUAUGACUUCAAAUGUAUAUGGAUGUGUGUACAUGUAUCUUAAUAUGAACUAUUAAAUUAGUUUAUUUUUCUUCAGGAAUUAUUCUAUCCUCAGUCUUAAAUUCUUCCCCCAAAAAUGGCCUCAUAAACUGUCCCAAAGGCUCAGUUUCAUGGUUCCCCACUGUUGUUUUUUUUUCUUUUUGUUAUUGCUAAAAUUCUUUUAAAACUUGACUGGUAACUAUGAGACCUUAGUAGAAAGUUAGAUUUCAUUGGAUACAAUUUCAAAGCUGGAGAAAAAUUGAAAAUCAUCAUGGCAUUUUUAAAAUUGUUUAUUUUUCAUCUAUUUGAAAGUGACAGAGGAAAGGGGAGAGAGAAUUUUCCAUUGACUGGUUUAUGAUCCCAAAUGCCUGCAAUAGCCAGACACAGGCCAGGCCAAAGCCAGGAUCCCAGAACUCCAUUUGUAUCUCCCACAUGGGUGACAGAUGCCCAAGCCCUUGAACCAUCAUCCACCACCUCCCAAGAUGCACAUGGAGGAGGCUGGAUUGGAAACAGAAUCCUCAUACUGGAUCCAGCACAGUGAUAAGGGAGUGGGAGUUCCACGUGGUGGGUUAACCCCCUGACCAUAAUACCAUUGCAUUUUAAGCCCAUUUUAAUUUAAACUUUGACAUAAAAUAACCAUCUAGUGAGUAUAUUAGAGAAGAGAGAUUAAGUGUUCCGGAGUUAGCCACUCUAUGUUAGAAAAUUUCAGAUACCAUCCUUUCUAUGUUUACUUGCUUGAUUAAAUAUAAAUUUACAACCUUGGAAUCAUUAUGAAUAUUGGACAAAUGCAAUUUUAUCACUCUCCUUCCUAAAAUGACAGCAAGAUGUUGACAAGUGUGAGCUGCAAAAUGCAAAGGAAGCCAGCCAACACCAAAAUUCAUGGAAAAAGAGUGAAAGCAUUCUUAAGUUAAAGAAUGGAAAAAGGGUGUCCUCUCUCACUACUUCCAUUCAGUAUUGUGCUGAAAUCUCUGGCUAGAACAAUUAGGCAAGAAAGCAAAAAGCAGAAGCCCUACAGAUUGGAAAGAAGUAAAGCUAUCUCUUUUCACAGAUGACAUGAUCUUGUAUACAUAAAUUUAAGAAAUCCACCAAUAAAACUAUUGGGACUAAUAAAGCAAUGGAAGCAAAGAUAGAGCUACAAGAGUUUGAGUGGUGAUGGUAUCACAACUAUACUUAGAUGGAGGUCAUAGGAAGGCCCUGAACUUAUACUGUCCUAGGAAACCUACAAACUGUGGAAAUUGUUGCAAGUUAGAAAUCUAGGUCCCCUUCUCAGUUUUGAAUAAUCAGGCAAAUACUUCCUUUUCUCUUACUCCUUCUGCGUUUUUCUGAAAUGCAAUAGGCGUUUGGUCUCUCUGUGGAAGAGCUAAAUAAGAGAUGCAGGAGAUGGAAAUCCCAGAGCAUUUAAAAAGAACGAGUCUUUGGUACAGUGAGUUCAUUUCCAUCAAUCAAACUCUGUCCUCCCGGUUCCUUUGUUGCUUCUCACUUACCUACCGUCAGCCUUAAACCACCACCAACAAACCCCAACCACCAGAGCUAUCAGUAGUUAAGUAACUAUGCCCCCCAGAGAGUUAGAAUAAUUCUCAAGAGUAAUGCGCUGCUUCUAGCCCUGGCUGCUCCACUUCUGAUCAAGCUCCCUGCUAUUGCACCUUGAAAUUCGGCCCAAGUAGUUGGGACCCUGCUACCACCAAUGUGGGAGACUGUGGUGGGGUUCCAGGCUCCUGACUUAGGCCUGGUCUAGACCCAGCAGAUGUGGUCAUUUGGGGGUGUGAAUCAGCAGAGGGAAGAUCUGUCUUUUUCUGUAACUACCUUUUGAAGAAAGAAAAUGAUCAUUUUUUAAAAAAUUGUUUUUCAUGAGAACCUACUGGAGGAUAUGCAUCAGCAAAAGAACUGCAUCAGUGGAGAGACAAACCUGCCUGCGUCAUUGGCAAACAACUGAGCAGAUUCCCAGGAUGAGAGUUGCAGUGUUCAAGGAUCACCACACAGACAGAAGUAUGCUGAAGUCAGCAUAGUGGAGACAGCCAGGGGAAAUAACAUUCACCCAUCUGUUGAAUGAUGAUUUGGAUGAUUUUGGUUAAGCAUUGGAGAUAUGUACACACACACACACACAAUUUACAUAUAUAUACGUGUGUAUAAACAUAUAGUAAUAUACUGAAGAAACAAACUUCAAAAUAAUUAGACCACAAAACAAAUUUGUACAAGAAAGAAAAUAAUGUACUGUCUUGCUCAGCAGUGAACAGAAGUACUUUUAUAGUCAUGAAAAGGUAACCUCUGGGCUUACUGCAACUUUUGAGGUUCUGAGGGUGGGGAAAUGUUCAAGAAGUAGGCUCAAGAAAGCGGAAUCCUUACCUAUCACAGCAGGGAGUCAGGCACAAUAUCUGAAUGUGAUAAUUUAGAUAAUAACAACAUGCUAUAUUUGUGUAUACAGAUGAAUUCCUGAAGAAUUACCUAAACUGGUUUUAAAAUAAAAAUUUAGAGAGAAGGAAUAGGCAAGUGAGGAGUAAAAUGAAUAGCUUAAAAUUGCUUUUCAAGAAAUCAUUAAGUCAUUGGUUAUACAAUUACUUAUGUGAAUUGUAUUCAUGACAAUUUUAAAAUACUAUAUUGAGAAAAGAUGAUUCAUUCUUGUUUAGUCUUUCCAAAAAUACACAUAUAAUUUUUACUUGGUUAUUAGUUGGGAAACAGCAAAAUUAUUAGUCUUAUGUAAAUUCUUCAGUUUAUGUUGCUAAUACCUAUAUUUCAUAUGCUUAAUGAAAUAUCAAUUGUGAAUGUUUUUAAGUUGAAUAUUUUUAAGUGCAUAUUUUAAGUUGAAUUUCUGAGAAUGAAAAUCUGAAAUGAAGGUUAUUGUUGCAUAAAUUUCUGCAAUGUGGGAAAAUCAGUGUGGUCUAAAAUCCGUUAAGAGAUUCUUGUUUAUUAUUCAUUGAUAGCUCUUCGUGAUAUCAAGGAGCUUUGACCUUGGCCAUAUUUUCAGCUACUUGAGUAUAAUUCAGCAUCAACCACAUUUGAUUGUAAUUUUUUGAAGUUCCAAAAGAGACUCUUUAAGUAUUCAGAGACUUAGGAGUAUAAAUAUAUAAUAAAACAUUUUCAUAUUGAUAUUUUUCAGUAAUUACUUUAAGACCUUUAAGUACUCUUAUAAAUUCUAAUGGCAGGUUAGCCUAGGUGAUAUAUGACACUUUCUAAAAUAGUCUCUUUUAUAUCUUAAAUAUGAAAAUCAAUCAAAAUGGGACUAAAUCAGUUACUAAAAUAUAAUCUUAUAGUUACCUUUGAUAUGCUUUUCCCUCUUUAGAUAUGAACAUUAUUCAAUAAAACAUUUUAAAAAUAAUUUAAGUUGUCCUUAAUGUAUUUGCCUAAGGAAGAAAAUGUAAUAAUUGCAUUAUUCAAUAGAUCACUUGUUACAGGGCAGAUGUGGUCUCAUGUGAACAAUGUAGUGUAAGGAUAAGACAACUUCUAAAGUCAUAUAAAUUGAAUUAAUGUUAUUUACAAAGUAGAAAUUUUAAAAUGUCCUCAUAUCAUUGAACUGUUAAUAGUAUUACAGUCUUAGCAAGCUAAAUACUUUUUAGUUAUUCAGAAGCUACAAUGUAAUUGGUGAAUUUUAAAAAUAAAGAUGAUAGUCAAGUUAGAUAUAAUGUUUGUCAUUAGAGGAGACAAUCAGUGUUACACACUAUGAGCAAAUUUUAAAUCUUUGAAAACACUGAAGCAAUUUCUUAUAACUUUUUUUAAUAAAAUCAUAUAUGCUUGACAUCGGCUAAGUUUUAAUAUUGAGAUUCCUUCAAUCUUUGGUUUCAUUUUUUCAGUCUGUCUUUAAGAUUAAAAGUAAUUUAAGCACUAUGUUUAUUAAUGAUGCACUAAAGUCAAUUAUCUUUUCAUGACUAUAGUAAAAUCAAGACCAAGAAAUAUAAGCUUGAGUGUGAAUAAAAAUCAUUAGAAAUGGACACAAAUUUUAUAGAAAAACCUGCCAGUUAUACCUUCAUUUGGAAGCAGAGACUAUUUUAAUCUGUAUUUUUAGGGACUGGUACAGUGAUUGGUGCAGAGUCUCACUUUAAUUAAUGAAAUGAUAUAUAUAGGCAGCUUUUUCCAUAAUCAACAUUAUAGAAUCAUAACUUAUGACUGUAUAACUCAUUAUGAAAUUCAAUCUGUAUAAAAAACUUUAAGAUUUCCCUUGAAAACAUGGGAAUACUGGGGAUAGGUGUUGUUGACACAGCCAUAUGUGAUGCUGGCUUCCCAUAUCAGAGUACCAAUCUGAGUCCCAGCUGUUCUGCUUCUUAUCUAACUUCCAGCUAAUGAAUCUGGGAAGGCAGCAGAUAGCCCAAGUGUUUGAGCCCCUUGUCACCCGUGAAGGAGAUCAGGAUGAAGUUUCUGGCUCCUGACUUUGACCUGGCCAAACCAUGGAUGUUGUGGAUAUGUGGGCAGUGAACCAGUUGAUGGAAGAUUUCUCUCUGUCCUACACCUGUCUUUCUCUGAGUUACUCUGCCUUUCAAGUAAAAUGAAAAUAAGUAUUUUCUUUUAAAAAGAAAUAAAAUGCAGGAUUUUGUAGAUGCUUUGUGCAAGUUGCAACUUGGAAUGCUGGCAUCCAGUAUCACAGAGGUUGGUUCAAAUCCCAGCUACUCUGUUUCUGACCCAGCUUCUGCUAAUGGCACCCUGAGAAACAACAGGUGAUAGCAUGAGUUCAGUCUGGCUUAGUCCUGCAUGUUUCAAGCAUUUGGGGAGAUUGCUGAUCUCUCUUUGUCUCUUUCUAUUUCGUAUAAAUAAUUAUAAAAAAAUGGAUGGAGAGGUAGCUAGGCCCUUUGCAAUGGGAUAGCCAAGUGUUGUGAUUUUGCUAAUUCUAUAACUAAGCUAAUAAUUCUCUCCAAAUGUCAGCUUUCUUGUGGGUAAAUAUGACAAUAUGAAUGUGUACCUUAUAAGAUUUUUCUGAGAUUAUGUGGUAAACUAUGUAAAUGAUUUAACAUUUUUAAAAUAUAUUUACUUAAAAGGCAGAUAACAGAGAGGGAGGUCUUCCAACGAUUUGUUCAUGCCCCAGUUGGCUGCAAUGGCUGGGGCUGGGCCAGGCUGAAGUCAGGACUCUGGUAUUCUGAGUCUCCCACAUGAGUGCCAGGAUCACAAGUACCUGGACCAUUUUUCACUGCCUUCUCAGGCUCAUUAGAAAGGAGCUUGGUUGGAAGCAAAGUAGCCAGGACUUGAACAAGUCAAGUAGUUCAUAUAGGAUGCAGUGUGGUGGCAGCUUAAACUACUGUGCUGCAAUGCUGGCCCCUCACACAUCCACUAGUUAGGGGUAGCUGUUGUAGAUAGGAAUCUAGAUAAAAUUAUAUAUAAUUUGAUAUAAUGUGUUGUCUCUUUUAAAAGAUAUUACCUUGGGGUUGGCAUUGUGUGCACUGGGUUAAAUCAUUGCUUGUAACACUGGUAUCCCAUAUUGGAGAGCUAGUUCCAGUCCCACUUGCUCUGCUUCCAAUCCAUCUUCCUGCUGAUGCUCCGGGGAAGAGAGCGGAUGAUGGCUGAAGUACUUGGGCCCUUGACACCAGUGUGGGAGACCUGGAUGGAAUUCUUGGCUUCUAGCUUCAGUCUGAUCGAGACCUAGCUGACUGUUGUGUCCAUUUGGUAACUGAAAUAGUAGAUGGAAAAUUUAUCUAUAUCCAUCUUUUUCUCUUCCUGUAGCUUUGGCUUUCAAAUAAGUAAAUCAGUCUGAGAAAGAUUGAUUUAUGGAAAUGUACAUGAAAGCCAUUUUCCCUUUUCCAUCCCUCUCCACAGUGCAUUUUAUCUCUUUGUUGGCAAAGAAAAUUCCAAGGGUGAAAUAAUCAUUUAUAUGGCCAUUAAGUGUUUCUUCCAGUGUUCCCUAUUCAAUAUAGUCAACAAAAAUGCUAAUUACUCCUAAUUGGGAGACACCAAUUAGGUCCAUUAGCAGAUGCAGAGACCCCCUAAAGCAUCGCUCAGAAAUUAACUUCCUCUGAAAUAAAUUUAACUCUAUCAUUAAGAGGUCAAAGGGAUUAGAAUUAAAAUAACAUUAAUCUCCUUUUUUAACUAUCAGUAGAAAUAUACAAGCCAUACAAAUAUAUUCUUCUAUAUUUUGCCUGAUUGGUGUGGAGCCGGGGAACCACAAAACAAAACAAAUUCCUGAAAAGUAAAUUUCUAGCACCUACUUUAUUCUUAAUGCAAUAAGUGAAAUUUCCUGUAAGUACUUCUAUGCUUAUAAACUACUAAAAGAAUUUGAUAUGGUAGUCUGUGUUAUGUUGGUAAGCUUCUCCUUAGUUGACAAAGGAAUAACAAAAAACAAGAAGGUUUUCAUUAAGUCUAAUCUCUUUCAAAAGUAUUAUUGGCGUGAUCAAAUAGCCAAAUUUUACAAAAAUGUAUUAUCUGUGGAGGAGCGUAUAUAACUAGUAUUCAUGUGUGUUGAUGGAAUAAUUCUAUGCAGUAAGUCUAAUUCAAAUGAAAAUAUAGUUUUUAGACAGGCUACCAUUGCCCAUUACUCCUAAACUUAUGUAGUAUUCAAAUAUCCUAAAAGUUGAGUAAAGAAAUGUUACAAUUUCCAUCUAAAGCUGGCUGGAAUCUUCAGUAUUUCUUAGGUGUCUGACCGAUAAUUUGUUACUAUUUAUAUUUACAUGAAUUUCUAUUUAUAGUGGAAAUUCAUGAAUACACCAGAUCCAUCCUAUUUACCUUGUAACAAUUCUGAAAUUUUCAUUUUAAACUUCAUAAUCUUCUAAAAGAAGGUGUUAAACAGGGUAGAAGGUUAAAUCAAAUUUAUAGAAACUUAUCCUGGAUUUAUAGCCUGAAAUGUAGUACAAAAGACUUUAGUGGGUUUAAAAAUAUUUCUGAAGUGAAAGCUUCCUAUGGUUAAAGGACUUAAUCUAUGCAUUCUUUCUAUCAAACAGACUGUAAUAUGUUGGGUGUACCUUUUCUAAUCUAAACAGAUCAUAUUAAAUCUGUAAUUGAAGUUGUUAUCAACAUUUCCACACAAUUUCAACCCUUUAGACAAGAGUGUUGAAGCUGAUUUCAAGUGAAUCUUCAAUUUGACCUGAAGAAUUCUUCGUAUAUGUGAAUGAUGCUCUUAGAAAAAUUGCUUGAAACAAAUUGAGCAUUUCUGUUAUAUCUAAAUGUCAGCCAUUCUUUGUAGCUUCCAUGUAAUCUUUGGGCUGUUUAUCUCCAGAUUAUUGUCUGUUGCCUCUUUGGCUACAAAAUGCUUUUACACGUGGUCUUCAUUUAUUUUUAGUGUAGUGAAAGCACAGUUCUAUGGAAAAAUAUAAGAUGUGAAUAUUUAAAUGGUGAACCAGCCUAUGGCAACAAAGUUAAUUAUGAAAUUAGAUGCACAAGAGAUGAAACUCAUUGCUGACACAAAGUACAGCUUCCACUUUAUCUAGCAAACUUUGUAGUAUUUAAAGUGAUACUGUCAUUUUAUUGAUUUCUGAACAUUUCACAUUAGAGUAAGCACUUGAAACUUUGAGUCACAGCAAUAUAAACACUUGUUCAUCUGUGAGGGGUUGAAGUUUAAUAAUUGGCAGGCUUGCAGACAAUCUCGUCUAGAUUUUUAAAUUAGGACAAACAAACUGCUGGGGAGAAGGAUAUGUUUUUCCCUACGCCCUUAGGGGUCUUUGGCUGGAUCUAAGAAUUAAAUAGACAUUAAAAAUGAAAGCAUACAGCUAUUAAUUUUUGCAUAUACAUGGGACUCAAGAUAUUGAGAAUGUGAAUAAUUGGCCAACACAGAUCUUUUAUACAUUUAAGCAAACAAUUUUUGAAUAUGUGAUAAUAUAUAUUUUAGAUUAUGAUUUAAAAAAAUCAGAUUCUCAGGGUGAAAUUGGCUUGUGUUGAUCAUUUAAAAUUGAGGAGAGACAUUUGAGAAACAAUUUUUAUAUUAAUACAACUUUCUUUUGCUGUUUCACUUAAAAAAUCCUUAUCUAAAAUCACAAAAGUUGAUGCCUAUAUUUUUUUCUGCAAGUGUUGUUUUAGUUCCUAUAUUAGGUCUUUGAUUCAUUUUGAUUAAAUUUUAAUUUGUAGUGUAAGGUGGAGAUCCAACUUCAUUCUUGUGUUCUUACAGAAAACAUUCUUCAUUCUCACUGAAAAAGUGUUGAUUAUUUUCCUCGGUGAAUUAUUUUAAACAACUCUGAUAACCAGAAGACUAAAUGUGAGGAUUCAGUUAGACUCUCAAGAGCCAUUCCACUGACCUUUAUGUCCAUUACCACACUGUCUUGGAUAUAAUGACUUUGUAGUAAAUUUUGAAAGUAGAAAAUAUGAGUCUUCCUACCUUUUUUUCCCAAGAGUAUCUUUUCUGUGUCUCUUGGAUUUCCAUGUGAAUUUGUAAGAUCACCAUCAAUUUUUGCAAAAAAAAAGAAAUCUGAUAUUUUUAUUAAUAUAAAGUUGGUGAGUAUUGACAUCUUAAGUCUUCUGAUUCAUGAAUUUGGGCUAUUAUUACAUAGGUUCAGAUUUCAUUCAAUAAUGUUUAUUAUAAACAUUACUAUUUGGCCUAAGAUCAUACAGUAAUUAUUCAUACAAUUAUCAUUAACUCUUUCUGCUAAUCAUUAUGGAAUAAUCAUCAUUAUUAGCAUAAUCAUUAUGCUAAUCAUCAUGGUGUUUGUGAUCUUUAGAGAUUAUAAUAUAUAUGUGAAAAAUACAACUACUUUCUUUGCCUGUAUUCUUAUUACCAAAAAAUAUAACUCGCUUCUUGAAAUUAGUCUCAGAAUAUGCUGUGAAUCUCAGAUUAUUUUUCAAAAAGAUAUCAGGGCAAGCAAAAAAAAAAAUCAUGAAUAAAACUUGUUAUAUUUAAAUAUCCCAGGGGAAUAUAAUCAUUCAUAUAAUAUGUUACUUUAUAGUAUACAUAAGUUGUAUUUUUAAUAGUCAUUUAUUUAUUUGAAAGGCAGAGUCACAGGUCGAGGCAGAAACAGAGAGAGAUGUCUUCCAUCCACUGGUCCUCUCUGCAGGUGGCCGCAGUGGCUGGACCUGUGCUGAUCCGAAGCCUGGAGCUUCUUCCAGGUCUCCGAUUCAAGUGCAGAGGCCCAAGGACUUGGGCCAACUUCCACUGCUUUCCCAGGCCAGCAGAGAGCUGGAUUGGAAGUGGAGCAGCUGGGACUCAAACCCACACCCAUAUACCCACCAUGCCACAGCACUGGCCCCAAGCUGUAUUAUCUUUCAAUGUUAUUCUAGGCUGCAUUUCCAUGCCAGUGAUUUGAUUUCAUACAUAUAAGCCUGAUUAUUUGACUGUACUGUCGCUCCCCCUCUUCGUGGAGGAACGACACAGGACCCUGCGCUGUUCUUUCUGUCUGCUCGGCCCUCCCCGGGUUUGCUGCUGGUUCUUCCCGGGUUGGCUACUAUCCCUUCCACCUCCGUGGAAGGGCAGUUCCCCCUGGCCACAUUCCCCACUUCCGCAGGGGAGCGGCACACCGCCGGCCGGCUUUCUCGGGGGCUGCACAGGUGUUCCCUCAGAUGUUCCCCUUAGAUGUUCCUGGUGCAUGCCGUCUCUCUCCUCCUUUAUAGUCCUCCUCCGCCAAUCCCAACUCGGCCGCCCACACGCCGAGUACGCUGCUCUCCAAUCAGGAGCAAGUCCUACAGUUUAUUGGUUGAACUGGAGGCAGCUGUGCGGAAGCUGUUUACUUCUCUCCCAGCGCCAUAUUGUGGGAGAGCAGAUGCAUAGAAUAAGUCUUAAUUCCAGUAACUCAGUCCAGUCCGGAUUGCUCCCCACACUGUACCUUUUCUAUUCCUUUAGUUUUAUGAUACAAGGGAGGAGGGUACCCAAAGUUUAUAGGAAAUUUACAAUACCUUAAUUCCAUUUUUUAUGAAUGCUUUUACAUCCCCUUGUAUUAAGUAGAUCAUCUAAAAGAACCACUUCCUUAUCUUUUCUCCAAUAUAUCUACCUAUAUAAGAAAUGGAUAGUUUUACUUUUUUAGUUUUUUGUUCAUUAUGUAAUUAAAGUUUUCAGUUUGUUUUAGUGGAAUAAUUUUAAAUUCAUUUAGAUUUUUGAAGUUAAAAACUUAUUCACUGGGCCUGGCUUUGUGGCAUUUUGGGUAAAGCCAUGGCCUGUGAUGCCAGCACCCCAUUUGAGUGCCUCUUUAAGUCCCUGCUGCUCCACUUCUGUAUCAGUUCCCUCUAAUGGCCUGGGAAAAGCAGCAGAGGAUGGCCAAAGUGUGUAGGUCAUUGCUACUCAUGUGGAAGACCUGGAUAAAAGCUCCUGGCUUUGGCUUGAUUCAGCCAUGCUUGUUGUGGCCAUCUGGUGGAUGAACCUGUAGAUGGAUGGAAGAUGGAUCUGUCUGUCUCUCUGUCUCUCUCUCUCUCUCUUUCCUCACUGUGUCUUUCCCUCCCUCUCUCAUUCUCUCUUUCUCUUUGUCAUUUCCUUUCUGACUUCAAAUAAAUCUUAAAAAAAAAACUUUUCACAAAAUGAUGUCACUUUACUAGAUCUAGCAUUCCUAUAGCAAAAUAAAAAAAAAGACUUUUUGAAAUAAAGAUUUGUUUAUAUAUAAUUCUGCCUUUCAAAUAAAGAGAUCUUCCAUCUGCUGUUGUACUCCCCAAAUAGUUGCAAUGGCCAGCACUAGGCCAGGUCAAAGUCAGAAACCAGGAACUCCAUACAGGUAUCCCACAUGGGUGGCAGAGUCCCAAGCACUCGGGCAUCUUCUGCUGCUUUCCCAGGUGCAUUAGCAGGGAGCUGGAUAGGAAGCACAGCACCCAAGUCUUGAACCAGCAUUCAUAAGGAUGCUGGCUUCACAGGCUGUGGUUUAACCUGUUCUGCUACAAUGCCAGCUCCCAAAACAUAAACUUUUUAUUUCAGUUUUGGGAAUAAAAGAUCUUCAGAUCAUCACAUACUGUCCAUUUAAAAAAAUCGCAGUUAUAUCUUGCAGAAGCAAGUCUUUUUGGUGUGGUGGUCCAUAACUGCACACAUGGACUAUGAAACUUCCAGUUAGACUUUAAAUGUAGCAUUGGCCCUGGAAUAAAAUUCAUUUCUUCUUAUCACAGAGUUAAAAGAAGCUUACCUUCCUGACUUAAUUAUCAUUAUAAGUUUAUUGUCUGACUCUAUGACACAUUAGCUGCAAUAUGAAUAUUUAUAUGCUUCCAAAAUUUGUGUUGAAACUUCAUCCUCAUGUAGUGAUAAUAAAAAGUAAGAUCUCUCAGGAGGUGACAAAGUCCUUAAGUCUCCCUCUAGGAGCUGCCUGGGCUCUUCCAAUCCUUCUUUCACGUGAGAAUGCAGUGAGAAGGAUCAUCUUGUAUGUAGAGACUAAGCCCUUGAGAGUCAUUGAAUCUGGGGCCGGCUCUGUGGUGCAGCGGGUUAAAGCCCUGGCCUGAAGUGCCAGCAUCCCAUAAGGGCGCUGGUUCUAGUUCCUGCUGCUCCUCUUCUGAUCCAGCUCUCUGCUGUGGCUUGGGAAAGCAGAAGAUGGCCCAAGUCCCUGUGCCCCUGCACCCACGUGGGAGACCCGGAAGAAGCUCCUGGCUUCGGAUCAGCACAGCUCCGGCCGUUGCAGCCAUCUGGGGAGUAAACCAGCAGAUGGAAGACCUUUCUCUCUCUCUCUCUCUCUCUCUCUCUCCCUCUCUCUCUCUCUCUAUUUCAAAUAAAUAAUACAGGACAAUUAAUCUGUCAGUACUUGGAUCUUGGAUUUCCCAGCCUCCACAGCUGUGAGAAACAAAUUGCUUGUAUUUGUUAAUUACUUAGUCUAAGUUAUUUUAUUACAGCAGCACGGAUAAAGACAACAUCACCUUUGUUAUGAACAUUUUUCAAAUACCAGUCCUUGCCACUGCUGCUUAAAAUUGUAUAUUCGGCAUCUAAUGUUUUCUCUCUGACCACAGUCUUAAAUGCUGCACUGACAAGCAAUCUGUCUCACUCCCUCUCAACCCAAGCAGUAGAGGGAGGGGUGAUCUUAUCCACUCUUUUUAGUUUGGAAACGCUUGGGAGCACUUUAUUCCUCUAGCCACAGUGAUUACUUUAGGGACAGGCAAGUGACCCAGGCCAGAAAAACAUCCUGGGAUUAUGGCUGGUCUAAUAGGAAAGGAGGGUUUUUUAAAUCUGUCCAGGUUGCUGAACUUACGGUUUGUAAGACUGGUGCUGUUAAUGGCCCUUCUACCCUCUGUGUGAAAUAAGCCUGCCUGAAAUAAAGCUGCAAAGGAAGAUGCCACGGCUCUGAUAUAGAAAAAGUUUCUAGGGCUGGUGUUUGGUUCAGUGGUUAAGAUACCACGUGGGACACCUGUAUCCUAUACAAAGUAACUUAUUUGAGUCUCUGUUCUGCUCUAAUCCAGUUUUAUACUAAUGUACACACUGGGAGGGAGCAGUCACAGCUUAAGUGUUUGGUUCCCUAUCACCCACAUGGGAAACAUGAAUUGGAUACAGGGUUCCUGGCUUCUACCUCGCUCAGCCCAGAUUGUUGUGGGCAGGAUUAAUCAACAACUUAUCUUUUAAUUUAGUCAUUUGAAAUCAGUUUCUAUAACUUGCACCCAAGAUAAACCUGUAAGUCAAAUUUGAGUAUUUAAAGUUAUCAAGUGAUAAAGACAGAAGAACAUUUUAAACCUUACAAAAAAAAUUUAGGAGAGGAUACCGUUAGUAAACACUAAUCCGGCAUGAGAAUUAGAUGGAAUGCUCAUAGCUUCAGGGAGAAAAUAAUUCUUAUUUAAAUAUAUUCUUACAUACAAAACAUACAGUUGUGCAUAUUUGCAUAACAUUUUUUGAGAAAUACACACUUUCAUUAAAAAAGGUUUCUCAUUUUUUUUAUUUUUCCCAAGGAAACCUUUUAUUUAAUAAUUACAAAUUUCAUAAGUACAACUUAAGGAAUAUAGCUAUUCUUCCCAUCAUAUCUGCACUCCCCCCACUCCCUCUCCCUUUCUCAGUCCCAUUCUAUGUUAAGAUUCAUUUUCAAUUAACUUUGUACACAGAACACCAACUCUGUACUAAGUAAGGAUUUCAACAAUUUGCACACACAAAAUAUUUGAGAACAAGUCUUACAGUUAACUCUUGUAGUACAACUCAUUAAGGACAGAGGUCCUGCAUGGGAAGUUAGUACACAGUGACUCCUAUUGUUAAUUUAACAAUUAACACUCUUAUGUAUGAUGUUAGUGACCACCUGAGGCUCUUGACAGGGGCUUCCGAGGCUAUGGAAGCCUUUUGAGUCCAUAAACUCCUUCAGUAUUUAGACAAAGCCAUAAGCAAAUUAGAAGUUCUCUCCUCCCUUUAGAGAAAAGUAUAUCCUUUGGCUGCUUCUUUCCGCUGUGGUUUCACUCACAGAGAUCCUUUAUGUAGAGCAUUUUUUACCAUAGUGUCUUGGCUUUCCAUGUCUGAAAUGCUCUUAUGGGCUUUUCAGGCAGACCAAGAAGCCUUAAGAGUGGAUUCUGAGGUCAGAGUGUGCUUUAAGCAAUUGUCAUUCUAUGAGUCUGCUGUGUGGACCACUUUCCAUGGUGAAAUAUUCUCUCUUUUUUUAAUUCUAUUAUUACCAGACACUUGAUCCUAUUUAUAUGAUCACUUUAACACUUUAUCCUAUCUGUUCAGUUUAACACUUAAUAUGGUCACUUUAACACUUAACAUAGCAUUUUUAUUACCCAAUGUAAUGGGAUUUGGGGUCCCUUGCAAGUUUUUAAAUUGUACCCUUAAAAGUAAGUCUUUAGGAAUGUAUGCAGAACUAUAUAGCUUUACAUUUACAAACUUCCUCCUUUUAUUUUUUUACUGAGAUCCAUCCAUAAUUGACUUUAUACACAUAUGAUUAACUCUGUUGAGAGUUCAAUAAAUAUUAUGAAAAAAAAUAAAAACAAAUUGUUCCUCAACAGUCAAGACAAGGGCUGCUCAAGUCAUCCAUCUUGACGUGUCAAUUUCACUUCUACAGAUUACAUUUUAGGUGUUCUAUUAGUUUUCACACAUCAGGAAUACAUACGGUAUUUGUCCCUUUGGGACUGGCUUAUUUUAUGAAGUAUGAUUUCAAAAUUCAUCCAUUUUGUUGCAAAUGACUGCAAUUCAUAGAAUACAUAUCCCACAAUUUCUUUAUCCAGUCUUUGGUUGAUGGGCAUUUAGGUUGUUUCCAUGUCUUAGUAUUGUGCUUUGAACUGCAAUAAACAUGGGGUGUACAGAUCGCACUUUCAUAUGUUGAUUUCAUUUCCCUUGGGUAAAUUCCCAGGUGUGGGAUAGCUGGGUUGUAUGGUAGGGCUAUAUUCAGAAUUCUGAGGUAUCUCCAAACUAUCUUUUAUAGUGGCUUUACCAGUUCACAUUCACACCAUCCCACCAUGUGUGCCUUUUCCCUCACAUCCUCACCAGCAUUUGUUGUUUGUUGGUUUCUAUAUGAAAGCCAUUCUACCAGGGUGAGGUGAAAUCCCAUUGUGGUUUGGAUUUGCAUUUCCCUGAUGGCUAGUUGUCGCUCCCCCUCUUCGUGGAGGAACGACACAGGACCCUGCGCUGUUCUUUCGUCUGCUCGGCCCUCCCCGGGUUUGCUGCUGGUUCUUCCCGGGUUGGCUACUAUCCCUUCCACCUCCGUGGAAGGGCAGUUCCCCCUGGCCACAUUCCCCACUUCCGCAGGGGAGCGGCACACCGCCGGCCGGCUUUCUCGGGGGCUGCACAGGUGUUCCUUCAGAUGUUCCCCUUAGAUGUUCCUGGUGCAUGCCGUCUCUCUCCUCCUUUAUAGUCCUCCUCCGCCAAUCCCAACUCGGCUGCCCACACGCCUAGUACGCUGCUCUCCUCCAAUCAGGAGCAAGUCCUACUGUUUAUUGGUUGAACUGGAGGCAGCUGGGUAGAAGCUGUUUUCUCCUCUCCCAGCACCAUAUUGUGGGAGAGCAGGUGCAUAGAAUAAGUCUUAAUUCGAGUAACUUAGUCUAGUCCGGGUUGCUCCCCACAGCUAGUGAUCCUGAAUAUUUUUUCAUAUGUCUGUUGGCCAUUUGGAUUUCCUCUUUUGAAAAAUGUCUAUUUAAGUCCUUGGCCUAUCUCUUAAGUGGGUUGUUUGUUUUGUUGUGGAGUUUCUUGAUCUCUUUGUAAAUUCUGGUUAUUAAUCUUUAUCAGUUGCAUAAUGUGCAAAUAAUUUCUCCAAUUCUGUUGGUUGCCUCUUCACUUUCCUGGCUAUUUCUUUUGUCAUACAGAAGUUUCUCAAUUUGAUGUAAUCCCAGUUGUUAAUUUUGGUUUUGGCUGCCUGUGCCUCUGGGGUCUUUUCUAAGAAAUAUUUGCCUGUGCCAUAUCUUGCAAGGUUUCUUCAAUAUUCUCUAAUAAUUUGAGGGUGUUGGGUCAUAGAUUUAGAUAUUUAAUUCAUGUUGAGUGGAUUUUUGUGUAACAUAUAAGGUAGGGGUCUUAUUACAUACUUCUGUAUGUGGAAAUCCAGUUUUCCCAGCACCAUUUGUUGAAAUGACUGUCCUUGCUCCAGGGAUUGGUUUUAGCUCCUUGUUAAAUGUAAGUUGGCUGUAGAUACUUUGAUUGAUUGCUGGCAUUUCCAUUCUGUUCCAUUGGUCUAUCCAUCCGCUUUUGUACCAGUACCAGGCUGUUUUGAUUAUAAUUGCCUUGUAAUAUGUCUUGUAAUCUGGUAUUAUGAUGCCUCUGGCUUUGUGUUUGUUGUACAAGAUUGCUUUAGCUAUUUGCAGUCUCGUGUGCCUCAAUAUAAAUUUCAGCAUCAUUUUUUUCUAGAUCUGAAAAGAAUGUCAUUGGUAUUUUGAUUGGUAUCACACUGAAUCUUAAAUUGCUUUUGGAUGAAUGAACAUUUUGAUGAUAUUGAUUCUUCCAAUCCAUAAGCCUGGAAGAUUUUUCCAUUAUUUUGUAUCUUCUAUUACUUUCUUUAAUGUUUUGUGAUCCUCAUAAGAGAUUUUUGACAUCCUUGGUUAAAUUUAUUAUAAUGUAUUUGAUUUAUUUUUGUAGCUAUUGUGAGUGGGAUUGAUCUUAGAAGCCUUGGCAUUGUCUGUGUAUACAAAGGCUGUUGUUUUUUGUUAUUGAUUUUUAUAUCCUGUACCUUACCAAACUCUUCUUUGAAUUCCAAUACUCUAUUGGUGGAGUGUUCUCAAUAUUUAAUUCUGUAGAAUCAUUGGUGUGGAGAGAAAAAGUUUUAUGAGCAAGAAAUUUGUGCAUGAUAAGCAACAAAGAGUAGAAUACAUAGACUUCUAUCUUAAUCAGUGAGAGAUGUGAAAGAAUGGAGAUGGAGGUUUUGACAUAAUUGAGAUAUAAUAUUCUUGGCCCUAGCAUCUAAAAGAAUAGGAUUUUAUAAUCAAAUACUGGACAAUUAGAGACUCAGACUUUGGCAACUGAGCACUUUCAGCAAUCAUAAUUCAGAGAAUGGAAGAGAAUGUACUGUUACAGUGCAUCAUGUUUAAAGAUGGAAUACUACAUUUCCUUGAAACACUUUUGAAAAUCACUACAUUAGAUGGCUUUAUUUCUGAGGGAUUGCCUCUGACCACAGUGAUUUUUUGUGAAAACCUAGACAGGUGUCAUUUUACAUUCUGACAAUAAAGAAUAAUUCAACAAAUGAGUUUUGAUGUUCUCGCUUUGCAUGGGAAAUGCGCAUGUUUGAGUGUUUUCUGUUUUCACAUAAAAGUAGAUAUUUUAAAAAUUCUUAGCAAAAUUUUCUUAGACAAAUUCUUCAUAUAAAAGAAUUUGGGUAUAGAAUUUUCCUAGGCUUCUCUAUUAGCUCCUGAAGAGAUUUCGUUUUGGCAAGUAGUACUUUCUGAAUUCAAAUUCUAUAACUGCAGAAACUAUCACAGCUGAGGAAAAGAAUAGACAAAUCAGAAAUCCAUUCAGCUCAUCAAGCCUUUCAUUAUCACCUAAUAUGAAAGCCAACUUUCUCCAAGAUAGCAUCUAAUUGCUUUCAAAUGGCCACAGCAUCCACAUCAGAAACCUUACUUUGCAGCCCUUUUCUAACAUUCAUAUGUCUCUGAAUGGACAUGUUCAGAAUUUGAUUCCCAAUUUAAUGGGCUUAUGUUGGCUUGUUUUGUUCUCCAGUUUUUAAACAGUCAUUUCUUACUCCUUACAGUAUGAUUUUCUUCCUUUUCUUUUUUCUUAAGAUACUCCUAAAAACAAUCACUCCUGAUACUUGAAAUAAAAUUCAAGGAACAUUUUCAUAUCAUGGAAAAAGUCAUCAAAAUCUAAGUCUAGCCCUAUGUAAAUUAUUGAUCUCUAUUAGGUACUUUCAGAAAUUAGAAUAUGCAUCAGUACCUCAUGCCUGUGAGAGAAAACCAUGUAGCAUGAGCAAACAUUAUAGAUCAUUGGUCCUUAUGCAUAGAGUAGACCCAACACUAGGCAUUUUAUUAGCGAGUUAAUGACUUUACAAAGUGUCCUGCUACCAAAUGUUUUCAUAUAUUUUCAAGAUCUAAAAUAAUUUUUAAAAGAUUUAUUUCAACUAUUUGAAAAGGAGAGGGGGAGAAACAGAUUGAUUGUUUAUAAUCCUUGUCUAUAUUCUGGAGAAAUUCUUUAUUUGUUGAAUUCUUUAUUUGGUUGAUGGUUAAACUUGUGAUUAUAAAAUAAACUGCAAGUAUGCCAUUGUAAAAAUUAAAAAGUAAAAAUAAUAAAGAGGAGUAGGGAAGGUGGAAGAGGGGGUGAGAGGGAAGAUAGGUUGUAAAGUAUCAUUAUGCUCUUAAAUCUGUAUAUAUUAAAUACAUGAAAUUUUUCACAUUAUAUAAAUUAAACAAUUAAAUUUCCAUCAGCUGGUUCAAAGCCUAAAUGGCCACAAUGGUCACAGUUGUGCAAGGCCAAAGCCAGGAUCCAGGAGCUACUUCCUCAUCUCCCACGUGGAUGAAAGGGAUCCAAGCACUUAAACCAUCUUGCACCACCCUCUUAGGCACGUUAGUUAGUAGGGAGCUAGACUGGAAGCAAAGCAACCAGGAGUCACUGUGCUGAUGUCAUAGGUGGCACCUUAGCUUGCUGUAACACAACCCUGGCUCCUUAAAGAAUUUGUGAAGUAUUAGAAUUCUGUGUACUCGAAUUCUUAUAUAUUUAGCCAAUAGUACUACAAGCUAUUCAAAUAUUUAACUUAAAAAUUGAGAAUAUUAUUUUCAAUCUUGUUUUUAUUCUACAAUUUUUUUCCUUGAUGGUUUUCUUUCAAUAAACAUUGUUUAUAGUUGUAAUAAAACUUAAAGCUUAAAAGCAGAGCUAAGGAGAAAUUUAUUUUAGAAAUUGUACUCUCCACCAGCCUAUAUUUAUCUGAUACUUAAUUUGACCUACUAUUGCAAAUAAUUUCACCUUACUUUCUGUUAAAACUCAGAAAAAAACAGUUCUCACAGGCACUGCAUGACCACAUGUUCUGAUGAAAAGCUACAUUUUUAGCUUUUUCCUUCUGUUUGGAGCAUCUUGCAUCUUAAUAUUUGUCAUAUGAUCCAUUUCCCUAACACUUAGUUGUGAAUUUGCUUUUGUAAGAGAAAUCUUUCUACAGAAGUGAUUCAUAAGAAAUGUAUUUUCUUUUUUUUUUUUUUUUAAAGAAAUGUAUUUUCAAGAAAUAGGUUAAAGAAAAGCCAGAGUAAAAAACAACUGAGCCAAUUAGGACUCAUUGCAAGGUAAGGUUGGCUUAGGCUAGGGCCUUGUUGAUUGAAAAAGGGAAAAAUGAAUAUAUCUGAGACAUACUUUAAAAGUUGACAAUAUAGGAUUGAGAGAAUGCAUAGAGCUUAUGAGAGAAAGUCAAGAUUGGUUCCACAUUUUUAGUUUGAUUACGUUUAUGGAUGGUGAUAUUUAUUGAAGUGUGUAGAAAUUCAUUGGUGCUUAAAAUGUAUUUUAUAGGCAUAAUUUGAAUGAGAUUAAUUUUAGUCAUCCUAAUGGAGCAGAAAGUAAGUGUUGUAAGUUUGGAAUUAGCAAAGAGAUCUGAGUUUCACAUAUAAAUGGGCAAUCUGCAGAUAGUUUUUUUAAACUGGGAGAUCUGUGUGUGUAAGACAACAGCUGGAAAAGAGAUAUCCCCCAGAACUGAAAACUUUUUGAUGCAUAGAAUUUGGAGUAGGCCUAGAUAAUUCCAGCAGAAGAAGCUGUGACAUUGAUAAGAGGGUAAGAGAGAGAAUAGUGAAAUAUAGAGUCAAAGUAUUUUUUUAAAGGCAAACAUUGUAAUGAGUCAUAAAGGUCAAGGAUGAUCAGGAUAGAGUGCAGUUUGGAUGUGGCAAUGUGUCCAGCAGAUGGUCACUCUGGGUGGUACUCUUAAUUCAGUGUUAGAGUUUAUGGUUUCAUAUUUGUAUUUCUGGGUUUCUAAAACUUCAUAUUCAUUGUCACUAAUUACUUUUUAAUGGUUUGUGAAAGAAACAAUUUGUAUAGAUAUUCAUCCAAAAUAUACUCAAGUGUAUUUUUUAUCUCUUAACAUUUUAAUUCAGACAUCAGAAGAUUAGACUGAAAUUGUUUUGAUUACCAGAAUAAUUUUGCUGAAUUUCAACUUUAUAUUUGACAUUUGAUCUGCAUAAGAAAAUAUUAAAUGCAAUGAAUUAGAGUGAAUAUUCUAUGCUUUAUGAAAAUUCAAUGCAUUUCUUAAAAUUUCAGUGGAUUUCAAAAUACUUAUAAUUUCUUGGUUUAGUCUAGCUUCAGGAUGUUUCCUAUUGGCUUUCAUCUCACUUUUUAAAGUGAUGUUCUUAAGGAAUAACAGACAAACUACCAAAGUCAGUCAAACCUCAGGGGUUAUAUAAGUAUGUUCCUGGGUGUGAUAUUGAUAUAAGGGAGACCUUUGGGUAGAUAGCAUAGAAUGUCUUGAUGGAUUGAUAGAAGAUAAAGACAUGAGGGACUCAGGAUACUGAGUACUGGUAUUUGGAAAGGUAGAGUGGUGUGCUAGCAAAUAAAGCAUGAUGCCUUGAUAAUCUGCCUGUGGAUGAUGUGUGCAACUUCAGACAAGUGAAAGAAAUCUGACAGUAAGAAUAUAUAUACCACAGGAGUUAAAGCUUAGGACUUUAGAAUUGUGCAGGCUACUUUCCAGUAAGUCAAUUAAAAGACCUUGAGCAAGCUAUCUAGCUUCUGUAGUCUCACUUAUCUCAUCCAUAUAUUGAUGUUAAUACUACAUCUAUAUAAAAUUCUGAUAGAUUAAAUGAGAAAAUAUGUCAAUAAUUCAGUAGGAAUUUCUAAUACAACUAAUGUUUUUCUCUUAUCACCAAACACAGGGAAGUCUAAGGUUCAGACUGCAAAGAUACAAGGCAGUUGCAAACCUAGGUGAUGAGGUAGGGAUUUGAUUAUGCAGACCCCUGUGGUUGAAGGUGGUUUUACAAAUCUAAACAUUACAAGACUGUCCAAUCCAGCCUUUCUUCCAUUUGAGAACUAUGACUUAGUUCCUAAAAUUUAAGAGUUUAAUGAGAUGGCAAAGUUUUGUUGAACAUGAUGCUUGCUUUGAAGCAAUGUUACAGAGGCAUGUGAGUUACAGGGUAUCUGUGUUCAGUAUAUCUCAAACUACAAUUCAAGGAGCCGUUCCGUACAUUUCUUCUAUGUGGUUCUGCAUGUAUAAUACUCUGCCUGGUCUGUUUAAGGUGAUGUCAGAGCUGACACAGAAUUUCCUUAUGAAAUUAAUCCUUGGUUUUUCCUGUUCUUUUUCUUACCAUUGAAAAGAUGAUAAGAGAAUGUAGCAGGGAAAUACUAAUUUUAGGAAGGGCUAAUGAGAUGACAAAUGCAAUAUUUUAAGAAAUUUAAGAUAGUACAAGAAUGUAGAGAUGAAUGUUAUUAGAGAAUAAAGCAAGAAAUUCUGAAAUCUGUUAUUCUGUUUUGUCAACAUCUUAUUCUUGAACAAAAUACAGUCUAAGAACCAUAGGAAUUAAACACACACAGUAUAGUGAAAACUUUGCAUUGUGGAAAUAUUGCCCAUUUAUCUCCCUUAGUUCCAGUACAAUGACUCUCCUGGUAGCUGUCAUACAUGAUAAACAUGGUUUAGUUAGCAAAAUUAUAUUUUAUGUAAUUGCAUGCUUUAAACCAGAGAUCAAUAACUAACUUACAAAUAUACAGUAACUAAGAUCAAUGGAUAAUGAAUACUUCCACAUUCAUUUAAAUAGAUAUAUCCUCUAUCUUCUUCUGACAAGUGAUAAUCAGAUUAUAAAUUGUGGUGUAAUUUCAUAAACACUUAAUUUAUAGGAAUUCACUGAGAUGUACUCAGCUGAAGAAAUAAUAAGAGGGAAAAGAUAACAAUAGAUAACAAUUUAACGCUUUCUCUCUCUCUUUCUCUGUAUGUGUGUGUCUGUGUUUGUGUGCAUUUUGUGAGUAGCAGGUGACUUUUUAUGUGCAUUUCUAUGUGUUUAGAUUCUUAGGUAUGGUUUUAGUAGAGUCUCACUCAUAUUACUUACAACUGCCAUAUGUCCAUUUUAAUAUUAGCCUUCAAAUAAAUGAAGAUUGGUUUGAAUAAAAACCCACUAAUGAAAACUUUAAUUAUAGUCACAGCUGACAGCUGUUUCUAAAUGUAGUGUGUUAAGGUUCCCUGGAGGACAAUGCUCUUUGCACUGUGUAUCCUGAGUUGAGCAGAGUUCACACAUGCCUAACCCUUCCUUAUGUCUAUAGGGAGGCUGUGUGUUUAAGGACUUCUGGUAGAGAAUAACUCCUCUGAGUAGGAGGCCACGCUCUGGAAAAGAUCAUCUGCAAUAGUUUGCCUGACCCAUACUUCUGUUGUUUUCUCUUUAGUAUUAUUUUGAUUCAUAAAAUAACCAUAAUUUGUCAUUGUUUAUGAAAAAUAACUCUAACUGGAAUAUGUGAAGUCUAUUAAAAUAAUGCACCUAAAAACUAGUUUGGGCCAACUGAUGUAAUUGGAUUUUACUGAUCCAGCUAAGUGAGGAUAUAAUGUAAGCUAAUAAAAAUAAAGGCUGACUAGCUUUAUGAUGGCAUAUGGCAGGUCAUUUUUAUUGUUUUGGGGGCAAAAGGAUGUUUUAUACAGAAUGUAUGAAAAUAAAAUAAAAUCUGUUCCUCAAAAUAGGAAUUAGAUUUGAAAUCCCUAGUUAAAACAACUUAAAUCCAUAAAAUAUUGUACCACGUUCAAAGCCUAAAAACCUGUUUUAGGCUUCAUAGUCCCAUAUUUUUUCUGAUUAAUGUGUUGUAUACUUAAUAUUUUCAUAAUGCCAAAUAGUAUCAAUUAAAUUUUCAAUCCCAUGUAAAGCUCCAGGAAAAUUUGAUAUAUUCAGAAAUGAAGCUGGGAAGACAGUUAUGGGUGGGGUUGAUGAACUGAGAACGCUGAACUCAGUAGGUUGGUUGUGUCAGAGCGGUGUAUCAAUGAAUGAGCAUUAAAACGGAACUGUUGAGGACUGGACAGUCGCUGAGCCAGACUAAAAUCUGCUGCUUGGAAAAUAAGUAUGAGGUUUCUUGUUGAUGGUUCAGGCCUUAGAUCAAAGCAUUCAUCUUUAUUCAUUUCUUCUUGUUCUGCUCUACCAACUGAUUGUUCCUUCUCCUACAAGAGAUAAAGAAAUUAGUCUUAGUCUUUCUACAAUACAAAUAAAGAUCCAGUUCCUCCUUCCCAUGUGUUUCAUAGCUUCAUGAUUCUAUACAAACCCAGCAUUCACACUAGAGUAUUUCAUUAUUUUGUGACGUAUUUGUCCAUUACUCCAGAGUGUGACUUUAUGAUAUUCACUGAAUGUCACAUCAGAAGGCUCAGUGGAUAUAAAUUUAUGGUUUUAUGUUAUUAUUCUUGAAUUUGGGGAUAUUAGAUAUUCUCAGUGCAGAAUAUCAGUGUAGUAUAUAUGUAUUAUUACUGUAGAUAUUAGGAAUAUAUAUACAACACAGACCUGCAAAAAUCAUUGAAUUAUAUUUCCUAUUAACUCAAAAGCAGUUGAAAAGAUAAUAGUGUUAAGUCAACUUCAUAGUUGUUUAUGAAUUAACUACUUUUUUUUUGCUUUUAAUCUGGAAUAUAUUCAGUCUUUCAAUGGCUAAUUAACAUUUUAAAAAAUGUUAUUAUCUUAAUCAUGUCAGUGACUGAAUUUUUAUGAGGCAAUAUGACAAUUGGGAAAUAUAAAUAUCUUUGAAAAUUCUAGAUAAUAAUUGUCACCUAUAAAAACACACUAAUAAUCAUUUAUUUUCCAAAAAGGAAAGAAUAUCAUUAGUUCCUAUCCAUGUAUCUUAGCGCUUAAACGUUCACAAAGAAAAUUGACUAUUAAAUGAAUAGACCAGAGCUGGAGUGGAGUAUAUCUGAUUUGUCCAGCAUUGUAUUUUGUCAAUAUUUAAGAUUUAAUAGAGAUGGUUAAUAGAUCAUCUUAAUGAAAUUUUCCUCCAUUUUUUCAGUGAAAUAGUACUUUUUUAAAAAAAAUUUAAAGGCAGUGUUAGAGAAGAGACAGACACACCCACACACUCACAGAGAGAGAGAGAGAGAGAGAAAGCGAGAGAGAAAAAGAUCAUCAUUCUACCAGUUUACUCACCAAACGACCAGGAUGAAGCCAGGGGUCCAGAACUUCACCCCUGUCUCCACAUGAGUGGCAGAGGCCCACAUAUUUGGGCCAUCUUCUGCUCCCCGUUUGCCAGGAGGUAGAUUGGAAGUGGGACUCAAACUGCCCAUCAUGAAUGAUGCCACAUUGCUGGCCCCAAAGUAGUAAGUAAUUUUUAUAAGUCUUAAGGAAUGACUUUAUGAAACAAUAGAAAUUUAGAAAUAUACUGAGGAAUUUUUAUCAAUUAAGAUAGAAAAUUUGCACAUACAGAAGUGAAAGGUAAACAAUUAGUAUCUCAUGGUUAUAACUGAUCAUAAUAUCUUAAGUUUUUCUACUUUGUCAUUCUUAGUAUAUGGCUAGUUUCCUCAUGGUCAAAAAUAGUUUCAGGAGCCCCUGCAGAUAAUAUUACAUCAAUAUACCAUGUAACAGGAUGGUAGAAGGUGAGAGGGAGUAAAUACAAAGUCGAUCCAUCUAAAGGAGCCAUUUUUGUUUAAGCAAUCCUUGCUGAAUUUUCACACUUCAGUUCUACUUUUAUCCAAUUGGCAAGAAAACAGUUAUAUGGUCAAAAAAACUGUAUGGAGAGCUGCUCAAUAAAGCUGCAGAAUAAAUGAAAUUAUCUUACCAAUAAUAGAGGUAUGGGUGACCAGCAAUCUCUACCACUGAGUCUUAUCACAGAUAAUUAAAUUACAUAAAUUUCCAUAGAUUUAUAGACAGAAGAUUUCUUAUCCUUUAUUUAUUACCUGCCAUUAUAACUGUUUAAGCUUCAAAAUGAUUUAUGAGAUGGGAAAUUCUAAAAUCAUCUAUUAAUAAUUAACAUAAGUUUAUAUAAUUUAAUCAUUACUAAUUUAUAUCCCUUUGUGCAUAAAUGCAUAUCUGUCUACAUAAUAUUUGCAUUCAAUAAAUCAAAGUAGUAAAGCAAACUAGGGUAUUUAGAAAACUAAGGUAUAGAAAUCCUUCUUGGUGUCCAAGGGGGAUUCAUUCUAGGAUACUUCAUGUACACCAGAAAUCUGUGGAUACCCAAGUGUCUGUGGCACCAUAUAGAUUUUAUAUAUUAUACUGCAUUAUUUAGGGAACAAUUCAAAGACAAAAUGUAUGCGCUCAGCACAGAUGCAGUUUUAUUCUUCAAAUUAUUGCAAACCAUGGAUGCAGAACCCAUGACUAGAGGGCCGACUGCAAGUAAGAAGGAUACUGUAGGGAUGUAAAAAUAUCUUAAAGAAAAAAAUCGAGAGAUACUGCAUUACUGCCAUUUUUUUUGUGGGAUAAGAAUGAGUUGUUCUAUGUAACUCAAAAUGUAAAACAGUAACCAUUGAGUACAAGCAUUAAUUUAUUUACUUACUAAUACACUUAAUUAGCACUUGAUAUUUGUUAGGUAGUGGUUUUGUGUGUGUGUGUGUGAAUGUGCAAGUGUUAUAGCUCUAUAAACAAGAAUAGACAAGUUGCAGCAUACAUAGCCCCUAUAUUCUAUUCCAGAAAAUGUAGGUGGAUAUUAAAAAAAAAGUUAGCCAACAAGGCAAUUUCAUAAAUGCUACAAUUAAAGAGAGAUAGGGCUUUGAUAGUGAAUCAUGGAGGAGAAAGUGAGCUACUGACGGAGGAGUCGGGAAAUCUCUGAUAUUAGGACACAUGGGCUGAGUCUAAAUGUGUCCUUUUUAUUGCUAAAGCAUGCUAUCUACCUAUUUAUCUACACCCUACUGUAGGUUACUAUCAUCCAUCAAAAGAAUACAAUGGUAGAAUGAUCUUAAGAAAGCAUGUGUCAGGUUGUAUUCCUUCCCUGUUUAAGAUUCCCUAAUGUUUCUAUUCUAGAAUUAGAAUAAACUGUUUGUUAGGAAUACCUAUAAGACCAUUUUUAAUGAUUUCUGCAAGACUUCUAAUGAUCGCACACUAAAAUCCACUCUUCUCAUUAUUCUUGAGCUACAGAAGCCUUCUUUAUAUUUUUAGACAUACAUCCAGCUCAUUCUUAUCUUGAGGUAUCUCUAUCUUCUUUAGUCUGAAAUGCUACGUACACAUCAGUAAUGAAAUCACUUAAUAACUUCAUUUGUGCAUUUGUUUGUCUCCCUCCUGGAUUAAAAUAUAAAUCUCUUAUUAAAGAGAAGGAAAAUAACUGUUAACAAAUUUCUAUUUCCAAGAAUGUUGCUUGCAUAUAGUAAGUAUUCAAGAAUACUUUUGAUGGAUUGAGUUUCUUCUUUUUUUUAAAGAUCUAUUUAUUUUAAAAAACAGUAAUGCAGUAUCUCUCGAUUUUUCUCUUCUUUAAGAUAUUUUACGUCCCUACAUUAUCCUUCUUACAUUAAAGACAGAGUUCCAAAUUGUACAUCUCACUUUUCAGUUAAAUUUAAACACUUAAGAAUAAUUGUGUGUUAAUUACAUAGUUCAAGGAAUAGUAUUAAGUAGGACAAAAAAUACUAAAAGGGAUAAAGUAUUAAGUUGUUCAUCCACAGUCAGGACAAGGGCCGAUCAAGUCACUGUUUCUCAUAGUGUCCAUUUCACUUCAACAGGUUUCCCCUUUGGUGCUCAGUUAGUUGUCACUGAUCAGGGAGAACAUACGAUAUUUAUCCCUUUGGGACUGGCUUAUUUCACUCAGCAUGAUGUGUUCCAGAUUCCUCCAUUUUGUUGCAAAUGAAAAGAUUUCAUUGUUUUUGACUGCUGUAUAGUAUUCUAUAGAGUACAUGUCCCAUAAUUAAUUUCUUUUUUUAUAUAUAUUUUUGACAGGCAGAGUGGACAGUGAGAGAGAGACA